GAGCGGAAGCCAUUACUCUCCGGAGGCGAUUCCCCCUGUACACAUGGGCAGAGGAGUGGUCCGCAGCGGCUUGUUCACAGCUGUAGGUCUCCGCGGCAGAUCAGACCAUCGUAUGAACUUCUCCUCCCUUCAGCGGUAGCUUCCAUGACCUCCGCUCCCCCUGAUUCUGCCCUUAGUUGUAUCUCUGCUUCAGGAGUCCCAUGAGAGCAAGAAAGUAGCUUCGUGGUGCCAGUGCCCUGCUACUCAGGCAGAUUUACUGCCAUCCUCACAGAUGGCAGCUCUUGGUCUGUCUCCCACGUGUGCUGCGUCCACCCAAGAGCCUGCCUAUAUCCAUGAAUCAGAACUUCCUUUUCCUUUGAAAGACCAUUCCUGUACCCAGGAUGUGGACCCGUUUGCAUGCAAUGGCCUGGAGCCUCAUACGCCACCCACUGUUGGUUCCCAGGAAUCAGUGACUUUCCAGGAUGUUGCCGUGGACUUCACUGAGAAGGAGUGGCCCUUGCUGGAUUCUUCUCAAAGAAAAUUGUACAAAGAUGUGAUGCUGGAGAACUAUAGCAACCUUGCCUCAGUGGGGUGUCAGGUGGGCAAACCCAGCCUUAUCUCCCACUUGGAGCAAGAAGAGGAGCUGAGGACAGAGGAGAGGGGGCUUCACCGAGGAGGCCCUUGUUCCGAUUGGGAGACUCCAUCUAAAACCAAAUGGUCAAUUCUUAUGGAAGAUAUUUUUGGGAGGGGACCAUCUCAUGGGGUGACAGUGGAAAGAACUCAGCAUGGAGAGAAAUCCACGGAAUAUGCUAACUUGUUUGAAGUCUUCAGCUUGGGUGCUCAUCUUACUCAGCAAACGGGAAGGCACACUGGCAAGAGGCCCUACCACCGCCGGGACUGUGGGGUAACCUUCAAAAACCGAUCACCUGUAACCCAACAUGUGAGCAUUUACAAUGGGAGGAAGAUGCAUGAAUGCCACCAGUGCCAAAAAGCCUUCACCACGAGUGCUUCCCUCACACGGCACAGGAGGAUACACACUGGGGAGAAACCCUACGAAUGCAGUGCCUGUGGGAAAGCUUUCAAUGACCCCUCCGCCCUUAGGAGUCAUGCAAGAACUCACCUCACAGAGAAGCCCUUUGACUGCAGUCAGUGUGGAAAUGCAUUCCGAACCCUCUCCUCCCUGAAGAUACACAUGAGAGUUCACACGGGGGAGAGACCUUACAAGUGUGAUGAAUGUGGGAAAGCAUAUGGCAGGAGCUGCCACCUUAUUGCACACAGACGAACACACACUGGAGAGAGACCUUAUGAAUGUCAUGACUGUGGGAAGGCUUUCCAGCACCCCUCACAUCUCAAAGAGCAUGUCAGGAACCACACUGGAGAGAAACCCUAUGAAUGCACACAGUGUGGAAAAGCCUUCCGAUGGAAGUCCAACUUUAACUUGCACAAGAAGAACCACAUGGUGGAGAAAACGUACGAAUGUAAAGAGUGUGGGAAAUCCUUUGGUGACCUCCUGUCACGGAGAAAACACAUGAGAAUUCAUAUUGUAAAGAAACCUGUUGAAUGUAAACAGUGUGGGAAAGCGUUCAGGAACCAGUCGAUCCUUAAGACACACAUGAACUCCCACACUGGAGAGAAACCAUAUGGGUGCGAUCUCUGUGGGAAAGCCUUCAGCGCAAGCUCCAACCUCACCGCACACAGGAAAAUACACACUCAAGAGAGACGCUAUGAAUGUGCCACCUGUGGGAAGGUCUUUGGUGACUAUUUAUCCCGGAGGAGGCACAUGAGCAUUCAUCUUGUAAAGAAACGUGUUGAGUGCAGACAAUGUGGGAAAGCCUUCAGAAACCAGUCGACCCUUAAGACACACAUGAGAAGUCACACAGGAGAGAAGCCUUAUGAGUGUGAUCACUGUGGGAAAGCCUUCAGCAUUGGCUCAAACCUCAAUGUGCACAGGAGAAUACACACUGGGGAGAAGCCCUACGAAUGCCUGGCCUGUGGGAAAGCCUUCAGUGAUCAUUCCUCCCUCAGGAGUCAUGUGAAAACUCACCGAGGAGAGAAGCUUUUUGUGUCACCAGUAUGGAAAAGACUCCAGUAACUCAUCAUCUUCAGGAGAAUCACAUGAGGGGGCAGGCUAGAAGGAAAACUUGGAAAUGUAAGGAAGGCAGGAAGCCUUGAUGAAUUCAUCUCACUGGGCACAAAAGUAUACAUGUUAACUUGGGAGAAACCCUCUUUGUGUCACAACCAUGGAAAGACUUAGGUGGUUUUUUUUUUUUUUUUUUUCCCCACAUCACUUUGGAGAUUCAUGAGAACUCACAGUGGGUGAGAAAACGUGUAUCUGUUAGCCAUCAGUGAAUGUUGAGCUCUUAACAAACAUGAGAACUUAGAAAAGCCCUUGUCUGUUAUUUAAUGUCAAAAUGACAUUAGCACCACCUCAUACCUUCUAGGCACAAGAUUAAACACACUAGGGAGGGUCUCUGUAUAUUCAUCAAUUGGACAAACUUUCCUGCUCUCACUGUAUUCCUCACAAGAGAAAUCACAUUAAAGAGAAAAAUCUGCAAAGUAAGGAAUGUGGGAAAGUCCGUAAUGGGUCAGCAGAUUAUGGUCAGCUGUCUUUUUUUAUACAUCUGGCAAGCUAAGAGUAGUGGUUGCAUUUUUAAAGAAGAAAAUUAUGAGAGAGACCAUGUGUGGCCCAAAAAGCCUGGCAUACACACCAUCUGGCCCUUAACAGAAAAAAAUUUGCCUAUCUUUGGUCUAUGGCAGUGACUUUCAAUUGGGGACAACUUCGUGCCCUGGGGGACAUUUUUGAUUGUCAAAACUGUGGGCAUGUGACAGUGGCGUGUUUUGGAAGACAUCAGGGAUGCUGCUAAAUACCCUGCAAUGCACAGGGUCUCCUCACAAGAGAGAGAAAUUAUGUUCCCUAAAAUAGUAUUGCUGAGGUUGAGAAACAUUAGCCAAGAAUCCUUCAAUUUUUAUGAAACAUGUGGGUACUCGCACUAGAAGGAAUUUCUAUUUAAAACUUUUAAAUUGCAGUCGUCGUAAUUCUUUCAGGAAACACGUGAGAACUCACACUGCAGCCAUCCAUUCCCAACGUGGAGAUAAUUUCAGCCACAGCCCUCUCACUUGUGCAUAUGGGAAUUCACUCCCCAGUGGGAUUUCUUAGUCAAUGUGAAUUGCACUUACCAGUCAAUCUUUCAUAAAAAUGGACCCCAGCUCAUUAAUUUUUAAGUGUUUAUUUUGAAGGUUAUACUCUUCCAAAUAACCCUUAGGCCUCAUCAUGCAAGAUUUGUAAAUAGCAUAUUUACUAUACUUUGAUUCUUGAUAUGUGGAUAUGUGUUAAUUUCCUUUUGGACAACUUGACUAAUGGAAAUUUUUUUUUUUUUUUUU